UCACUUUUUUGCGUCACAGUUGAGCGUCAUGCUUUGCUGAAUGGGCAUUUGUGAAGACAAGCGUGAUGAUCAGCUGAUAUGACCUGAGCUCUUUGUGCCUGGAGGUGACGGAGCGUUACUUUGCCAAGGUGACUGCGGAAAAAGAUCGACAUACUUCCACUAUUCUACCUCAGCAGCUGAAGAUCUACACCACAGUGAUGUCGGGUGGGCUUGGUGGUGAUGGAAACUUCAGCUCUCUCUGCCCACAUGGCAUCGAGUGGAUUUGGAAUGGACUGGGGGAAUGUGCCCAGGAUGGCAGGGACGUUGCCAGUGUAGUUCUGGGACUGCUGUCAAUAGUUUGCUUCAUGGUGUCCUCAAUACCGCAAUACUACAGUUCCUGCAAGACAGGAAAUAUGGACAAAGCUCUGUCUAUAUGGUUUCUGUUAUUGUGGCUGGCAGGUGAUUCGUGUAAUCUUAUUGGAUCGUUCUUGGCAGAUCAACUUCCGCUACAGAAAUACACUGCAGUUUACUACGUCCUGGCAGACAUGCUAAUGCUGUUCAUGUACAUGUACUAUAAACUAAAGAAUAAAGCAUCUAGGGACAGUAACAGUGCAUUGCUGAAUGCAGUUAGCAUGCUGUGUCUUCUGGGAAUUACAUCUUCCCUCCUUAGCCUCCCUCGCUCCACCCUAGAGGAUCAGAUGCCCGUGGGGUUCAAGGGUCGGGCACUGCUGGCCGUGGAGGGGGACAAAAGUUUGGUGCAGCCCUUCACAACAAAGGAGAUUAUAGGCUUUGUCAUCGGCUCUUUUUCUUCAGUACUCUAUUUAUGCUCCAGAUUACCACAGAUGUACACUAAUUUUCGGAGGAAGUCAACAGAGGGCGUGUCUUUUUUCCUGUUUGCUCUGGUAAUUCUGGGAAACACAACAUAUGGCAUCAGUGUGCUACUGAAGAACCCAGAUCCAGGGCAGGGAGAGGCCAGCUACAUCGUGCACCACCUCCCCUGGCUCAUCGGCAGCCUGGGAACGCUCUCGCUGGACCUUAUAAUAUCCGUGCAGUUCAUGAUGUACAGCAAAUCUCCUCGGGAUUCUGCAGAUGGAGAUGAAGAGACAGCUGCUCUCCUCCAAAACUGAACUAUUUUCAUUUCUGUUGUGAUUGGAUGAAAUGCUGGAUAUGAUUUUGAGCAUCACAUUUCCACAGACAAAUCUGACUGACAAAAAUCGAAAAAAAUUUUUCCCUAAUAGUUUUAAGUUUUUUUUUAUCAGUAGGUUUUAUACCUCACAGUGUCAGUAGUUAAAGGUAAAUAGUACUGGUUCAAUGUUUGGCACCAAAGGGACUUAUUAAAACACUUUUGUAAUGUUUGUACUGUACUUCAGAAUUCACAAAAAGGUUUUUGUUUUUUUGUUUUGUUUUUUACAACUCGUGCAAUCAUGUAAAUUUUCUUUUGUACAGUGGAAUAAACGUUGCAUUCGGCGGCUCUAGCAGUCUUGAAUGAGAAAGAACUGUGAAAAUGGGCCGCUGUCAAUCAGUGUACUGUAAUGAUAGGCUGUUUUCAUGUAAUCUAUUGUAGAAAUGUUUUGGUAUUGUAAAGAUGUUUUUAAUCUUUAUAUUGUGGCCUUUGAUUUGAUUUUGCACUGCACCUGUCAUUCACUUGGUAACUUCUUUUAUUGAAGUUCCUAUUUUUAAGUCUUUGUGACUUUGUGCCUUUAUUUUUUGUUCUGUAUCCCAGCCACAACACUCACUAAAGAUUUUUGUUUUUCUGAGGCCAAA